CUCCAGCUUCACCCCCCCGCCCCCCAGGUGCGCGUGCUGAGGGGCGGGGUUAGAGGGGGCCCUGGCCCCGCCAUGGCCGCGUCGCGGUGCGCGCUGCUGCUGCUGAUGGUGCCGCUCGUCUCGGCGGCCAGUGUGUUGGAGAGCCACACCACAGAGUGCGAGUACUUCAACGCACACUGGCAGAGGUACAACACCAGCCGCAGUGGCACCGAGGGGUGCGAGGGCGACAAGCGGAAGCACUGCUUCGCCUCCUGGACCAACAAUUCGGGCAGCGUGGAGCUUGUGCGUAAGGGUUGCUGGCUCGACGACUUCAACUGCUAUAACAGAGGGGAGUGCACUGAAACGAAGGAAACGCCGAGCGUUUUCUUCUGCUGCUGCGAGGGGAAUUUCUGCAACAAAAAGUUCAACCAUAUUCCCGUCAUUCAACAAGCGACAACAGGUCCAGUAGCAGUGAGCAGCCGCCCAAGUGCAUUUAACACCGCGGUCUACUCCUUCAUCCCCAUCCUGGCCGUCUCCCUGGUAGCACUGCUGGUCUUUUGGGUGUAUCGCCAGCGCAAGGUACCCUAUGCCCAAGUGGAAGCACCCUCCGAGGAGGAACCUAAUGGAGCGUCGUCACCACCUCUGGCUGAGCUCAAGCCCGUCCAACUGAUUGAAGUUAAGGCCAUGGGCCACUUUGGUUCGGUGUGGAAAGCCCGCCUCCUUGGUGACCAUGUGGCAGUGAAGAUAUUCACCGUUAAGGAGAGACGCUCGUGGGAGAAUGAGAUUGAUAUCUUCAAAACGGCUGGAGUGGCACAUGAAAACCUGCUGCAUUUCAUUGCUGCUGAGAAGCGUGUGUCAGGGCUUGACACCGAGUACUGGCUUAUCACCACGUUCCAUGAGAAGGGAUCUCUGGCGGAGUACCUUAAAGGCAACGUGCUGUCAUGGAGGGAGCUUUGCCAUGUGGCAGAGACGAUGGCCCGGGGUCUGGCCUUCCUACAUGAGGAUAUUGUCAGCCCCAAGGGAGAUCUCAUUAAGCCUGCCAUUGCACACAGGGACAUAAAGAGUCGGAAUAUUCUGCUUAAGGGGGACCUUACAGCUUGCAUCGCAGACUUUGGAUUGGCAGUCAAAUUUGCACCGGGCAAACCUGCGGGUGAUACCCAUGGGCAGGUGGGUACUCUGCGCUACAUGGCCCCCGAAAUACUGGAGGGAGCCAUCCACUUCCAGCGCGACUCUUUCUUGCGCAUCGAUGUUUAUGCAUUGGGCCUGGUGCUCUGGGAGCUUGCCUGGCGCUGCACAGUUAUCGAAGAACCAGUGGGUGAAUUCUCACUCCCGUUUGAGGAGGAGCUAGGGAAACAUCUCUCCCUGGAGGAAAUGCAGGACCUGGUAGUGCAGAAGAGGGUCCGGCCCACAAUUAAAGAUUGUUGGAGGAAACAUCCGGGCAUGUCUCUGUUGUGCGAGACCAUGGAGGAGUGCUGGGAUCACGAGGCCGAGGCCCGGCUCUCAGCCGGCUGUGUGGAGGAGCGCGUGCAGACCAUGCGCAGGAUAUCCAGCAGCAGCAGCGGCGGCAACAACAACGCUGGCAGCACAGGCCCUGUUGAUGACGGCACCGCUGUGUUGGCAAUGGCCAUUUCGUCGCUGGCCAAUGGACACCUUGCAGUCGAGCGGCUGCAAAUUUAAUAACACUCUUGCUUUGUGGAGAAUUUUUCCGCCGAAGAAAACUUUUAAAGUUUGCUCAUUGAGUCCCCCUUUCUCCAAGCCGAACCUUCGCAAGCCACCACACGUUCUUAACCCUGGGGUGGAAAGUACUUUUUCUUCUUCUGAGAAUUACUGUGAAAAUCUUACACUGGGAAUAAUUCUGGACUAUAUCCUCAGCAGUUUCAAAAUGGGACGGAGUACCAUGCGUGUAAAUAUGUAUUCUGUAACGACUGAAGCAGAUGUGGUGCUUCACCAAGGCUCAUGCCAACACCUCAAAAACAUGGGUAUAUGUUUUCCAUUGUGUCUCUUAUCAGUGUAUGUAAACUAAACUAGGUCAGGAAUUUAUUUUUAUUUUAAACUGUCAUUGGGAAAAAAAAUAACAACCCAUUGUGGGAAGCAGCUCACCGAUUUUCAGAAUUGUAAAAUGUGUAGUGGUAUUUUUUUGAUCUGCUCUCUUUAUCUUUCAUUUGCUGUGAAAAUGUUUUUGUUUGUUUUCACGGCACAUUUAGAAACGUGUGCCAACAUGCCAGCAGGACACUACGUCAAGUGCAACAUGCAGCAAGCAAAGUAGAUCGUCGGUCCCCCCCCUCUCCGUGCCAAAGUGCAGUUGGCAAGGACUGAAUGGAACGCCACCCGCUUUUGCGAGAAAUCUUUGUCAAGAGGCAGCUGUGGGAUAAGUGCAGCGAAGACGUGCUGAGUUCGUGAGCACAUGUUGCCCAGCAAAUCCACCUUUUUUGACCGGAACAAACCUCAGCAUUUAUUUGCAUCCACACUUAUUUCGCGGUUGUGUAUAGCGUUACCCAUGAUCAACGACGCUCACCACCGGAACAUGGUCAUUCGUGGUUAUACGAUGAUCUUACAACGAGCUGUGUUGUGGUUUUCAAUCUUUUAAGUUUUACUAUUGUGCAUUAAAUGCCAUUUCUGAAUGCUCAUUUAUAACCAUGAGUUCUACAACGUUUCCUUAAUUUAACAACUCACGUUUUGAAUUUCUAAACUUGACCCAAAAUAUUCUCAUUUCAUUUUAAUUCAGGUCAAUAAAGAUUGCUAAAGAUGUUUGUAAAACAGAUGGGUUGCCAUAUUAUUCAGGUAGUAGAUAACCUAACGGGCUUAAGUUAUGGUUAUGUGCGCAGUACUGUAAUGGCUAACAUUUCUGCUUAUAUAUUUGCUCUCGCUGUACAAACUGCUCAUGAAAAACACAAUUCAAGCGCCUGCAUACAACGGGGUGUUUCAGUUUGUAAAGCAUUUUUGCAUUUGUGCUUUGGCCAACAAGAUAAUAUAUGGUCAUUUUUACAUCUCACUUUUAACAGGUUGCUGUCAGCCACUGUAUUCGUUAAUUAUCUUCAAAAGUUGAUGUUGAAUCUGCGUACACUCGGAUAAUAGGCCGUACAUCUUCAACUAUGCAGAGCCACAACAUCGGUAGAUGUUAAGCCAUUGAAACUUCAUCGAGGUCUCACCCCAGUACAGUAUUCGAAUGUGUCACAUUGCAUUUUGUGUUGAUAUCAGCAUAAGAAACCAACUCAAUGUUAAUUUUCAUGCUACUGCACGAGGUACAAAAAAAAGUUGCAAAACCUGCAUGCCGAGUGCAUAUCUCAGGGUGCAUGAGCUGCCUUCAGGCUUGUUAACCAUGACUGCACUGCACGUCACUGGUUACAUUCACCACCAAAGUGUUUAAUCGCAUCACCAUUCAUUGAGAUACUGAACACGAACGAGCACGCAAAGACUCAACACUGCAUUGUUAAGUUUGCAAUGCCACAAAUAUCGCACGUAUGGUUACCUAUUUGCUGUAUGCCUGAUCUUUUGAAAAUACCAUCCCUGCUCAUCAUACCUCGUUUUUACCAAUGCUGUAUGUUACAAAAAUGGUGGUAACUUGAAAUAAUAUUUCAUGGUGUUGUGUUAACCAUUUGGCAUCGUUAGAAACUACCGAUUCCUCCUUGUGCACACUGCUAGUCUUUGACGGCCCAAGUUUGGAAGCCCACUGCACUGUUGCUCAUCCAUCCGUUUUCAGAGGUAUAAUUGUACAGAAUGCAGGUGAAACAACUUUGUCGGCGAUAUUGUUCAACAUAGCUGCUGUAUUAGAAAGACUUUAUAAUAUACACUACUUAUAAAAACAUGUAAAUAGAAUGUAAUGUGAAAAAAGCAAUUUUUGUACAUUGCCAUUAAUGUAAAUGAGUAGUAAAUGUCCUACUUACGUGCA